CAUGUUUGUGUGAUGGACUACGUUGUGUGGCAAAUGCACACCAGUGCAGUGAUAGCGAUCGCAACUGAUCCGAGCGGAGCUGCGCGUGUAUGUGUAGUUUUACGGUAGAGAAACAAGGAAACGAGCCCUACUCGGAGAAGCUUAAAACGUGUGUGAUUAUUGUUGGGGUCAAUAUGGUGUCAGUACAGAGCAUUACGAAAGAGGCUUUGGUGGGAUCCAUCACCCUGGGUGUUGUCUUUGUCACCGGGUAUGUUUUAGGGAGACGGAAAAUGUCCAGAAUGAUCUCCAAAAGUCACUGCGGGGGCAGAGCUGACCCUCUGAUGCAGUACGUCCUCCAGCACUCCCUCAGGGAGCAUCCAGUGCUAAAGAAGCUCAGGCUGAAAACGAUGGAAGAUUCCAUGAACGGCAUGAUGGUUGCAUGUGAGCAGUCACAGUUCAUGGCCAAUCUGGUCAAACUCAUCCACGCCAAGAAGGCACUGGAGAUCGGUGUAUACACAGGUUACAACACACUGAACAUGGCUUUGGCGUUGCCCGAUGAUGGAGUUGUGGUGGCUUGCGAUAUCAGCGAAGAAUACACCAACAUUGGAAAACCCUUCUGGCAGGAGGCUGGAGUGGAGAAGAAAAUCGAUCUUCGUCUGCAGCCAGCACUUCAAACCCUAGAUGAGCUCAUUGAAGAUGGCCAGGCUGGGACGUUCGACUUUGCCUUCAUUGACGCAGAUAAAGUUAACUACGAUGGCUACUUUGAAAAGUCUCUGCAGCUGCUGAGGAAAGGGGGAGUCAUUGCAGUGGACAAUGUGCUGUGGGGCGGGAAGGUCCUAAACCCUGAUGACGAAGACACCGUGGCAAUCGACAAACUGAACAAGAAGUUGUUGAGAGACAUCCGCGUCACUCUCAGCAUGCUCACGAUCGGAGACGGACUAACACUCGCCACCAAACUAUAGAAAGCUGAUGGUAUAGUUUAUAUUUACCGUAUUUUCCUGACCAUAAGUCACUCCGGAGUAGUCCCACCAGCCAAGAAAUGCAUAAUGAA